AUGGAUGUUCUGUACUGCAAGAAAAGAAUUGAGUCUCUUCUUGCUUUUGUCAAAGAGAAGAGGUCAGAGGGGGCUUUCCCAGCUGUUUAUGCCAAAGCAGCAGAUCUCACAUCAGACCCACAAACUAAUGCCAUGAGAAAACUCCGUCUGUCACAACUACAGGAUCCCAAGGAGCGCUACAGAAAUCUGUACAUGGCCAUCCUAGACAAUCUCACAGAGCAGCUACCUCGGCGUUUUGCAAAUUUGGAAAGUCUGCGCUUCUUGGAAUCGGUCAAUCCAGGGAAAUUUGAUGAGAUGAGACAAGUGUUUCCAGAGGAGGCAUUUCAGAGUGUCCUGGAAAGCUUUGGCCAGUUCUUUGAUUCAGGGAGACUGAGGUCUGAACUUCAAGUCCUAUAUUCAAACCAGGACUUGCAGGGCAACAGGGGAAAGCUAUGUGAUUUCUUGCUGUUUCUGAAAGACAUGGAGUUGGACAGUGCAAUGCUUCAGGUGUACAAACUAUUGUCAUUAGUGGCAACGAUUGGAGCUACAUCUGCAGGUGUAGAGAGGAGCUUCUCCUGUUUAAAGCGGCUCAAGUCUUACACCCGCAACACCAUGGGCCAGGGCCGUUUAAGCAGCCUAGCUCUGCUGGCCAUUGAGAGAACACUAGUCAAGUCCCUGGAAAAGACGCCUUGUUGGUACAACAGGGCCACAGAUCAUUUUCUUGAAAAGGAACGGAGGACUAAGAACCAGAAGGCAGCACGUGUGACCUCUGCCUCCGUGGCCGAGGAGGAGUAUGGUACUGUGCUGCACUCCUUCGUCUUUCACCGCGGCCUGGUUGGUAAAAACAUCGACCAGCUGGUUACAGACAUGCGGUUCGAAAGGAAAAAUGUCUUAAAAGAUUUUGUGACUGCAGCGGGACCACUGGGUGUCACACACUUUCUUAUAUUCACCAAAACUGAAACCAACGUUAAUUUGAGACUGGCACGACUUCCCAAAGGGCCCACCCUUUUUUUCCACGUUACUAAGUAUUCUCUCAUCAAAGAUGUCGUUUCAUCGUUGAAGAGGCACAGGAUGCACGAGCAGCAGUUCAGUCAUCAUCCGCUGCUGGUGCUGAAUAAUUUUGCCCUAGAUGGCAUGCAUAUCAAACUAAUGGCCACCAUGUUCCAGAACAUGUUCCCCUCCAUCAACGUGCAUACGGUCAACAUCAACAACAUUAAGAGGUGUGUGCUGCUCACUUAUGACCCGGAGUCCAAAGAAAUAGACUUCCGUCAUUACAGCCUGAAGGUGGUCCCUGUAGGCAUGAGCCGAGGAGUGAAGAAACUCAUGCAGGAGAAACUCCCCAACAUGAACAAGCUGGAAGAUAUCAGCGAUCUGCUAUUACAAGGGGUGAACCUAUCCGAGAGUGAAGCUGAACAAGACGGGGAUCACAACAUCACAGAACUGCCUCAGGUUUACUCGGGCCGUGGCAACAUGAGGUCACAGCAGAGUGCUGUCCGACUAACGGAGAUUGGCCCUAGAAUGACCCUGCAGCUGGUGAAGAUCACGGAGGGCAUGGGAGACGGGAACGUGCUUUAUCAUUCCAUUCAUACAAAGACGGAAGAGGAGCUUAUGGAGAUCCUGAAGAGGAAAGAGGCUCGUCUGAAGGAGAAAGCAGAACGUAAACAGAAGCAGGAGCAAAAUAUAGCCCUAAAGAAGCAGAAACGGGAUGAAAACAAGAAAAAGAGUCUGGAAGGGAUGAAGAAGAAACGGCAGCAGGAGGGAGCAGGGUCUGAUGAUAGUGAAGUGGAGGAUCCUGGGAUGCAGGAGGACCAGGCUGCGGCUGAAGAGUCGGAGGACGAGGCGGAAUACUACAGGCAGGCCGUCGGCCAGGAACCAGAUGAAGACAUGUUCCCCACUGCAAAGAGGAAACAUGGACCAGGCAAGUCACCCAGACCCUUCAAAAAGAGGAAAACGUCCUCUUCAAAAGCCUCUGAUGAGAAACAAAGCCCCCGGCCUGCUGGUAAGCCAGCUUUCGGUGGUAAAGCCUCUGCUGGCAAAAAGUUUGGAGGGAAGAAAUUUGGCGUAGGAGGCAAAGGAUUCGGGGCUAGAAAGACGGCAGGUACUGGCAGCAAGUUUGGAAAGAGCAAAUGGGGAAAGAAGUUUGGAGAAAACAAAAGGGAUGGAUUUGGUGGGAAUAAAAAUGGGCCAAAGAAAGGCCCCAGUUCGAAGCUGAAAGGACAGAGAUCGAAAACUGGUUCUGGGUUUAAAGCGGGACCGAGAGGAGGCAAAGCAAAAAAGGACUUCAAACAAAAGAAAGCGAGGAGCUGAAUGAGCUGCUGAAAAGAGCCAGGAAUCUGCAUUUUACACCAUAUGAAAGGCACUGCAGAAUAAAUCCCCAUGUUGGAGAUGUUGCCAAAUGACUCAAAGUUUAAAAGUGUAAAGUAUGUAACAUCCUCUUUUCGGAGAGGCAGCGGAAAGACUGCUUUCUGGCAAAAGAUGUACUUUAUGCCUUGUGUUGCGUCGCAUUUAUGACAAUAAAUAAUUGGUUCUGUCAAA